AUGGACGCUCGGGACGAGAAAUUGCCGAAUGAAGAUCUUCUUGAGAAAUUGAGCAAAUUAAUGCGUAGAGAAUCGACAAAACAUAAGAGAGCAUCUUUCCACGAAGGAGUGGCGUUAUCAGACGACGAACAGAGAGACGCAGAACACGAUCGCCAACGUAGAACCUCGGGACACAAAGAAGUGCCCAGGAUGGAGGAAAGAAGGCCGUCGAUCGAUCGCCAUGGCCGCAGGUCGUCGAUUGACAAAAAAAUUGCCAGAAUACCGAUAGAAAUGCGAUCGCGUAAGGUUUCAAUUGAUUUGCGGGCUCUGGACGACGCCGCCAAGCAGGAAAGCCAAUCUGACACGCAACGCGAUGCUCGAGAACGGCCGUCGCCAACACAGGCAGACAGAUCUCCUGACAAAGAUGUUGAUCAGAGAGCAACUGACCACAGUGCAAGUCACCGAAAUUCUCUGAAAUCUCACUCGCAAGAAACUCUCCUCGGAAAAGGUGGAUCGCUGACUGACAUCACCGUUGUACGCAGCCUUUCCCAGUUGAGCGCUCAUAUUAGAAGGCUGGAAGCGGAAGAGGCUCCUAAACAGACGCGCGCGACGGCGUCCUUCGACGUGCGGCGGCCGUCGGGCGAGGGGUACCGCGGCGCGCCGCCGGAGGCGCUGGCGGCGGGGCGCGGGCCGCAGACGCCGCGGCCAGCGGCGCGUGGGCCGCUACAGCGCCGCCUCACGCCGCCGGUGGUGCUGCUGACCGGGCAGGAGGGCACGUUCGAGGCCGUGUUCCCGCAAGUGGUGAAGGACCGCACGCGGCCCGACAGCCCCGACGGCUCCAGCCGCGUCUGCCGCGGCCUGCGCUUCUCGCCCGCCGCCAUCGUCUUCAAGAACGUGUUCAAGGGCGAGCGCCGCGCGCUGCGCUUCGUGCUGCAGAACGUGUCCGAGCGGCCCAUCUGCAUCUCCGUGCUCGAUUCCUCCUCGGUGUUUAGAUUCGAUCCACAGCAAUGCCUGGUUGACGAAUACGGCCAGCUAGCUAAAAAGUCACAGGACUUCCAAAUUUUCGUUCGAGUUCUUCGUGUAGCGUGCAUCGACUAUGGCAUUGAACGAGGCGCGAUGGAGCUGUUCAUGGCGUCGGAGGCGGCGCAGCUGCGGCAGCGCGAGGAGAACGCGGCGCGCGACAGCUUCGUGCGCGUGUGCCUGCACGGGCGCGCGGCGCCGCUGGCCCUGCGCCUCACGCCGCGCGCGCUGCAGCUGGGCCGCGUGGCGCUGGGCGCGGCGGAGCGGCGCGUGCUGCGCCUGGCCAACGGCUGCGCGCGCCUGCCGCUGCUCUUCCGCGUGGCGCGCCCGCCCCCGCCGGGCGUGCGCGUGCGACCCACGCACGGCGCGCUCAAGCCCGGCGGCGCCGUCGAGCUGCUCGUGCAGGUGGCGCCCGUCGCCUUCGGUGAGCACGCACGCUUCCGGAGGGCCGUUUGCUAA